AUGGAAUCGAGCACAGGUAUUAAAGAAGUGCUAUCACAUUGGGCCCCAGUUUUUCGUAUCAUAAUUCUUGCAAUGAUUUGUGUAAUAGCAGUGAUAAUUCGUGUCUUCUCUGUAUGAAUUAUUUAGAUUAUUCGCUUCGAAAGUAUAAUUCAUGAAUUUGAUCCUUGGUUCAAUUACAGAACAACUCGAUUUCUAUCUGAAAAAGGUUUGUAUGAGUUCUGGAACUGGUUUGAUCCAUACUCUUGGUUCCCCCUAGGAAGAGUGAUCGGCGGCACUUUAUAUCCAGGGAUAAUGACUACUUCUCUAGCACUACACAGCUUUUCUCAUUUCCUUACAUUUCCAAUAGAUAUAAGGAAUGUGUGCGUAUUUCUAGCACCAAUGUUUUCAGCGCUUACUGCCCUUUCUUGCUACUUAUUAACGAAAGAAAUUACAAACAAAUCAGAGCCUGCAUUAUUUGGAGCGCUUUUUAUUAGCGUAGUGCCAGCUUACAUAUCGAGAUCAGUAGCAGGGAGUUAUGAUUAUGAAGGAACAGCUAUUUUUGCCAUGAUGUUUACGUUUUAUCUAUUUAUUAGGGCUUCGAAAACGGUAGGAUUUAUUUAGGGAUCUCUGAUUUGGAGCAGCAUGGCUUCUUUGGCAUUCUUCUACAUGGCAGCGUCAUGGGGAGGGUACACAUUCAUCAUCAACGUCAUCCCAAUUUAUGUGAUAGGCUUGAUUUUUAUAGGCAAAUUCAGCAAUAAUAUGUAUAUUGCUUAUUGCACAUUCCAUGUACUUGGCACACUACUAGCAAUGCAAAUACCUUUUAUCGGCUUCCUUGGAGUGACUUCUUCAGAGCAUUUAGCUUCACAUUUGGUAUUUAUCUUCAUUAAUAUUUAUUAUGUGUGCGAUUGGGUAAAAGAGAAAAUUGGCGAACAAAGAUUUAGGUUUAUAAUGAGGCUUAUGAUAUAUGGCUCUCUCUUUUUAAUUGUUCUCUAUGCGCUAUACGUAACUUUGACAAGAAAAAUGGUUUGGAGCGGAAGAUCGAUGUCUUUGCUUGACCCUACUUAUGCGAAAAAAUUCAUCCCAAUUAUAGCUUCAGUUUCUGAGCAUCAGCCUACAACUUGGUCUUCUUUCUUUUUUGAUAUGCACGUCUUGACUGUUUUUGCACCUCUUGGCCUAUAUUAUUGCUUGAUAGAAUAUACAGAAGCCAGGCUUUUCAUUGCUUUAUAUGGAGUUUUGGCUGUAUAUUUUGCAUCUGUUAUGGUUAGGCUGCUGCUUGUUCUCGCACCUGCACUCUGCGUUCUCUCUGGGAUCGGAGUGUCAGAAACUUUGCAAACUUUUGUCAGACAUGUUAUUUACUACAAAGAAUGGCUAAGGUAUCAUGACACAAAGAACUCUAUAGAAAAACUUAAAAAGCCGGCAUAUGGAAUUCCUAUUGAAUUAUCAUUACCUGUAAUUAUUGUUAUUGGAGGGUUCUCGAUGCUCUAUAUAUGGCAUAGUGUAUGGGCUGGCGCUGCAAGCUAUUCGAGUCCAUCCAUAAUUAUGUCAAGCACCGGCCAGCAAGGGGAGCGAAUAAUUAUUGAUGACUACAGGGAGGCUUAUUAUUGGCUCCGCAUGAACACCGAGCAAAAUUCACGAAUAAUGUCAUGGUGGGAUUAUGGCUACCAGAUAACUGGGAUGGGAAAUCGAACAGUUAUGGUUGACAAUAACACAUGGAAUAACACUCACAUAGCGACCAUGGGAAUGAUUUUUGGCAGUGAUGAAGAGGAAGCUGCUACUUUGUUGAGGAAAUUAGAUGUGAAUUACGUUCUGGUUAUUUUUGGAGGCUACAAUGGAUACUCAGGAGAUGACAUUAAUAAAUUUUUGUGGAUGAUCAGAAUUGCAGGCGGAGUUUUUCCACAUAUAAAGGAAAGCAAUUACAGAAGCAAUGGGGCCUAUAGAGUCGAUGGAGGUGCAUCGCAAACUAUGAAAAAAAGCUUGAUGUACAGACUUUCAUAUUAUAGAUUUGGGGAGGUUAGCAGAAAUGGAAGAGUUGCAGGCUAUGAUGUUGUAAGGAAAGCGGAAGUUGGAGAAAAAGAUAUCAAGCUAAAGCAUUUCAGAGAGGCCUUUACAUCCAAAAAUUGGAUAGUAAGGAUAUUUGAAUUACUUCCAGAAGCUAAUCGAGAUGAAAUGAGCCCUCGCGAGACCUUUCCUUCAAGAUAG